AUGGGAAACGCUAUGGGGAGUAAAAAAGCAAAGGUGAUGAAAAUAGAUGGCGAAACGUUUAAGCUGAAGACUCCAGCUAGAGCAAACGACGUCGUUAAGGACUACCCCGGCCACGUUCUACUGGACUCUCACGCGGUAAAAAACUUCGGGCCUCGGGCUAAGCCUUUGGAGCCCGACCACGAGCUCAAACCCAAGAGGCUUUAUUUCUUGGUGGAGUUGCCGAAGGUUCGGCCCGAACCACUAACGAGGAGGGUGCGAUCCAGUGGGAUCCGUGGCAUGAACGCCAAGGAUAGGCUCGAUUUCUUGAUGCUGUCGAAACGCUCCGUUUCGGACCUAGCCGUGGUGAAGCAUGGGCCGGACCCAGACAGUAGUGGGCCCACCAGGGUGAGAAUGAGGGUGCCCAAGGCCCAGUUGGAGAGGCUCAUGGAGGAGAGUCACGACGGGAGCGAGGUGGCGGAGAAGAUCUUAAGUUUGUACAUGGGGAACAAUGCCACCGCCGUGGACUGUGGCGCAACGGUGGCGGAGGCCCAAAAGGAUGAUCACAACCGGAAACAACGAAGGAAAAGGGUGAGUUUCAGUCCAGUAGAACAAGGAGAAAUUCAUGAGGAAUCAGCAGCACCUCAAAAGUCACUAGUGUAUAGCAGUCCUCCCAGAUAG